AUGCCAGUGGCGGUCGCUGCUGUAGUGCUGCUGGCCCUGCUUGCGCCCCUUUGCAAGCAGUGCGCAGCGCAGAAGAGGGAGGUGUACAGCUGCCGGGAGCUGCGAGAGGCGCUGGCGGAUGGCGGCGUGCGCCACAUUGUCGCGAUGCAGGCCGGCAAUUUCAACUGCUCGGCCGACGACCUGCCCGCCGAUGUGCCGUUGAAGCUGGUCGGCCGCGAGGUGCUGCUGGAGGGCCAGGGCCCAGGCCUUGUCUACUUUGACUACAAUAUGGUGAAGGGCAUGCACGUGCUGGUGUCCGACGGCGGCGGCCUCACUGUGCGCAAUGUGUGGCUGGAUCACUGCCUGGCCAACGACGUGCUGGCCCUCUGCAUCUGCAGCGUGCUGGAGGGCGGCUGGAUAGAUCUGGUAGAUGCGCGCUUGAGCGACAUAGCGUGCGUCAAUGCCCGCCGCUCCCCAGCGAUACAGGAGGUUGAGAACCGCAUGCGGUACACGCUAGGGGCCAGGGCACGGAUUGGCAAAGACUUGGAUGCCAGGACCAUGCUCAUCAAGGACUCUGGCUGGCUGUCAGGUGGCACCCACGACUCCAAGUGGCGCUUCUCAAACCUGACCCUCACCUGCACCGGCAACACGACACACCCGCUGCCGGAUGCGCGGAAUGCUCGAGCGCCUGAGUAUCGGAUCGCCGAAUCUAAAGGGUUUUUGCUGGAAGCACCGCUGGGCAAAGGGCACUUUGGACGCGUGUACCGCGGGCGCAAGCGGACCAGCGGGCAGCUGGUGGCCAUCAAGGUCAUCGACCUGCUGCCCAGCCAGCGCAGCCAGGUGCUGGCCGCCUAUCGCGAGUGCCAGCUGCUGUCCAGCGUGCAGCAUGACAACAUUGUGCGGGUGUUCACCUUCUACACCGCCAAGGUGCAGCGCACGCAGCGGCUUGUGGAGGUCAUACCCGACCGUAGCGAAUACGUGGAGGUUGGGUACCAGGUGCCUCCUCAGGCCGGCAGCAGUGGAGGAGGUGCAGCAGCCAGCGGGUCGUCUGGACAGCAACAGGGCAGCAACGGCAGCGGCUUCUCUCUGGGGAGCCAGCAGCGUGCCAGGGGCUCUGGCGGCAGCGGGGCGACCGGCACGCCGCCCCAAGGCAGCUCAGGCCCUGGGUCCAAUGCCAGCAGCAGCAUUUCAGACAAGAUGGAAGGCGUGCAAUCCAUACAGGUGCAGCUGGUGACGCAGUACUGCGACAUGGGGACACUGGAGCAGGCGGUGAAGGGAGGCGUGUUCAUAGAUGCCGUGACUGGCCAUCGCCGGAUCCGCCACAUCCUGCUGACCGCCUUGGAGAUAGCGGCAGGCCUGGAGUACCUGCACCACUCCGACCGCCGCAUGGUGCACCGCGACCUGUCGGCCACCAACAUCCUGCUCACCACCUCCGCCGACGACGACCGCGGCUUCCGCGCCCUGCUGUCCGACUUUGGCCUCAGCACAGUGCUGUCAGCUGACCAAACCCACAAGACCAGCCAGGUCAAGGGGACUGUCAGGCGAGCGGAGCAAGCAGCAGCAGCCCGGCACACCCAGCGUGCCUCCUUCUUCACGUCCUACAUGAGCCCGGAGCUGUUUGUCCGGGACGAUGUGUCGCCCGCCCUGGACGUCUACUCGCUGGGCAUCAUACUGCACAUGAUGUACACCGGGCAGGACCCCUACCAGGGCAAGAGCCCCGCCAUGAUCAUCCUCGCAAAGGUCCGGGAGGAGGCGCGCCUGCCGCAGCUGGAGGGCUGCCCUGAGGCCUACCAGCAGCUGGUGUGGGACUGCACACACUACGAGCGCCGCAGCAGGCCCACAGCUGCCGACCUUGUUCGGCGCUUGGAGAACCUCCUCAUGAAGUAG